AUGGGCUGCGUUUUGUCCCUUAUGAAGAAGGAUGCUGACUUGGAGGAGCUUUACGACCUCGAAAAGCCCGUGGGCGAGGGCGUUGAGGGAGAGAUCGCUCGUGGAGAUGAUCUGGCUCUCGGACCCGAGAAGGUGCGGCGCGAGAUCCAGCUGCAGGCCCGGCUGUCGCACGUCAACAUCGUGGAGCUCAAGCAGGUUGUGCUGACGCCGCGCUACCUCGGCAUAGUGAUGUCAUAUGAGGCCGGGGGCGACUUGCACGUUUUUUGCAACAAGUUCAAGAUCGACGAGCGGAUUAGCACGAGCGAUUGGCAGCAGCAGCGCCAGCAGUGGCGGCGGCAGCAGCGGCGGCGGCGGCGGCGGUGGCAGCAGCAGCAGCAGCAGCAGCAGCAGCAGCAGCAGCAGCAGCAGCAGCAGGAGCAGCAGCAGCAGGCUAUGCCAAGCAACGUGAGCCGACUGAUCUCAGAUCUUGACCCGCCGCGCCUGAAGCUCACGGACUUUGGCUGCGCGCGCCGCUGGGAGAAGCAGGCGGCCCCCAGCAAGCUGGCGCGGUUCAGGACGUUCGCGGGCACCCCCGCCUACAUGGCUCCCCAGGUGCUUGAGUCGGCCUUCUACCCCACCAACACGUACAGCGCAGUGGAGGCCGACGUGUGGGCCUGCGGCAUUCUGCUCUGCCACAUGUUCUUCGGACGCCACACGCCCUUCUGGCUGGAGCCCAGCGCCUUCCGAAACGAGGGCGCGACCGCCCUGGAGCGCAUCCGCGCUAUGAAGGGAGAGCGCGGCGGGUGGGCCAGCAGCGACCCGUACAUUGAGAAGCACGCGGCAGACCUGAGCCCCGAGCUGCGUGACCUGCUGGACAGCAUUUUCGUGGGCAACGAGGAGGAGAGGAUCACGAUCGACGGUAUCCAGAAGCACCCCUGGUUCAACGCGCCUCUCACGCCAAAGCUGCAGGAGUCGAUCGACGCGAUGCGCGAGGAGCAGCGCGCGCGAGACAAGAUGGCGCGCGCGGCGGUGUCAACCGCAGCCGGCCGUCACGACUUGAUAGACGAGUACACAGGAAGCUACGCCACAAUCGAUGAGAUGGUGCGGGUGGCGACAACUUGGAGGUGA